GUCGCCCGGUGGCCGCAGCAGACGGAAGCGGAGCGCGAACCCGGGCGGCGGCCGCAGGAUGGGGGACUCCAAAGUAAAAGUGGCUGUGCGGGUCCGGCCCAUGAACCGAAGAGAAAUUGACUUGCAUACCAAAUGUGUGGUGGAUGUUGAUGCAAACAAGGUCAUUCUUAAUCCUGUAAAUACGAAUCUUUCCAAAGGAGAUGCCAGGGGCCAGCCAAAGGUGUUUGCUUAUGAUCAUUGUUUCUGGUCCAUGGAUGAAUCUGUCCGAGACAAGUACGCAGGCCAAGACGAUGUUUUCAAGUGCCUCGGGGAGAAUAUUCUUCAGAAUGCUUUUGAUGGCUAUAACGCAUGCAUCUUUGCCUAUGGACAGACAGGGUCUGGAAAAUCUUAUACUAUGAUGGGCACAGCCGACCAACCUGGAUUAAUCCCAAGACUCUGCAGUGGACUCUUUGAACGAACUCAGAAAGAGGAAAAUGAAGAGCAGAGUUUUAAAGUAGAAGUAUCCUACAUGGAAAUUUAUAAUGAAAAAGUUCGAGACCUUCUUGAUCCCAAAGGAAGCCGCCAAACAUUGAAAGUCAGGGAGCACAGUGUACUGGGACCCUAUGUGGAUGGACUUUCUAAACUGGCUGUCACAAGCUACAAGGAUAUUGAGUCUUUGAUGUCUGAGGGUAACAAAUCUCGGACAGUUGCUGCAACCAACAUGAAUGAGGAGAGCAGCCGAUCCCAUGCAGUCUUCAAAAUUACCCUCACACAUACACUGUAUGAUGUGAAGUCUGGGACAUCUGGGGAGAAAGUGGGCAAACUGAGCUUGGUUGAUUUAGCUGGCAGUGAACGAGCAACAAAAACGGGAGCUGCUGGCGACAGGCUAAAGGAGGGCAGCAACAUUAACAAGUCCCUCACGACCCUCGGUCUGGUUAUCUCAGCCUUAGCAGAUCAGGGUGCUGGCAAAAACAAAAAUAAAUUUGUUCCAUACCGUGACUCAGUUCUCACAUGGCUGCUCAAAGACAGUCUGGGGGGCAACAGCAAGACGGCCAUGGUGGCUACAGUGAGCCCAGCAGCUGAUAACUAUGAUGAGACCCUCUCCACUCUGCGGUAUGCAGAUCGAGCCAAGCACAUUGUUAACCAUGCUGUGGUGAACGAAGAUCCCAAUGCCCGGAUCAUCCGGGAUCUCCGCGAGGAGGUGGAGAAGCUCCGAGAGCAGCUGACCAAGGCAGAGGUACAAGCGUGCGCAACCUCCUCAAGCUAGGGCUUGAAAUGCCUUCUUGGCCUUAAGUGAGAAAGAUACUAAGAAUCUUUGAAUUUCUCCUGGGACAAGAAAUUUGAGCUGACCCAGGGACUAACAUCUCCAUUGUGUUUGCAGGAGCGACAGAAACAGCUGGAGAGCCUUGGGAUAUCGCUUCAGUCUUCAGGAAUCAAGGUUGGGGAUGACAAGUGCUUCUUGGUUAAUCUGAAUGCUGACCCUGCUCUGAAUGAACUUCUAGUGUACUACUUAAAGGAACAUACAUUGAUAGGGUCAGCAGAUUCCCAAGACAUCCAGCUGUGUGGAAUGGGAAUUCUUCCUGAACACUGCAUUAUAGACAUCACCUCCGAAGGCCAGGUUGUGCUGACUCCUCAAAAGAACACCAGAACAUUUGUAAAUGGGUCCUCUGUAUCCAACCCAAUACAGCUGCACCAUGGGGACAGGAUCUUGUGGGGAAAUAACCAUUUCUUCAGACUCAGUUUGCCUAAAAAGAAGAAGAAAGCAGAAAGAGAGCAUGAGGAGCAGGAUUCCUCCCUGAAGAACGACAGCAGUUCUGAGCAGCUGGAUGUGGAUGGCGACUCCUCCAGUGAGGUGUCAAGUGAGAUUAACUUCAGUUUUGAGUACGCACAGAUGGAGGUGACCAUGAAGGCACUGGGCAGUAAUGAUCCAAUGCAGUCAAUACUCAACAGCCUAGAACAGCAGCAUGAAGAAGAGAAGCGAUCUGCGCUUGAGCGCCAGAGGCUCAUGUACGAGCAUGAGUUGGAGCAGCUGCGAAGAAGGCUGUCUCCAGAGAAGCACAACUGUCGCAGCAUGGACAGGUUUUCCCUGCACUCACCCAGUGCCCAGCAGCGCCUGCGACAGUGGGCAGAGGAGAGAGAAGCAACAUUGAAUAACAGCCUGAUGAGGCUGAGGGAACAGAUUGUUAAAGCCAAUCUUUUGGUGCGAGAAGCUAAUUACAUCGCAGAGGAGCUGGAUAAAAGAACUGAAUAUAAAGUGACCCUCCAGAUUCCAGCCUCCAGCCUGGAUGCCAACAGAAAGCGGGGCUCUCUUCUCAGUGAGCCUGCAAUCCAGGUGAGAAGAAAAGGCAAAGGGAAGCAGAUUUGGUCUCUGGAGAAACUGGACAACAGGCUAUUGGACAUGAGAGACCUUUACCAGGAAUGGAAGGAAUGUGAGGAAGACACCCCGGUAACCCGAUCUUAUUUCAAGCGUGCUGACCCAUUCUAUGAUGAGCAGGAAAAUCACAGUCUUAUUGGGGUAGCCAAUGUCUUCCUUGAGUCCCUUUUCUAUGACGUGAAGCUACAGUAUGCUGUCCCGAUCAUCAACCAGAAGGGAGAGGUGGCGGGCCGGCUGCAUGUGGAGGUGAUGAGAAUCAGCGGUGCUGUCGGGGAAAGGAUCGCAGGAGGUGACGACCCUGCAGAGGUGCUUGGUGAGAAGGAGACCCAGGAAAACAGACUGAUCUGCAUGGUUAAAAUACUCCAAGCCACAGGGCUGCCUCAGCAUCUGUCCCACUUUGUGUUCUGCAAAUACAGCUUCUGGGAUCAGCAGGAGCCAGUGACUGUGGCACCGGAAGUGGACACCUCUUCCUCCUCGCCCAUCAGCAAGGAACCCCACUGCAUGGUUGUCUUUGAUCACUGCAGUGAGUUUUCUGUUAACAUCACUGAAGACUUCAUUGAGCACCUUUCGGAAGGGGCCUUGGCAAUUGAAGUUUAUGGACAUAAGAUGAAUGAUCCUCGGAAAAAUCCAGCCCUGUGGGAUUUGGGAAUCAUCCAAGCAAAAACACGGAGUCUUCGGGACAGGUGGAGUGAAGUUACCAGGAAGUUGGAAUUCUGGGUUCAGAUCUUGGAACAGAAUGAGAAUGGUGAAUACUGCCCCGUCGAAGUAAUUCCUGCAAAGGAUGUCCCAACAGGAGGCAUUUUCCAACUCCGGCAGGGGCAGUCCCGGCGAGUUCAAGUUGAUGUGAAGUCUGUGCAGGAAUCCGGGACUUUGCCGCUAAUUGAAGAAUGCAUCGUGUCUGUUGGCAUUGGCUGUGUGAAAGUGAGGCCCCUCAGAUCCCCCAAGACACAUGAGACCUUCCAUGAGGAAGAAGAGGACAUGGACAGCUACCAGGAUCGGGAUUUAGAGAGACUACGUAGAAAAUGGCUAAAUGUGUUAACAAAACGUCAGGAAUACUUGGAUCAGCAGCUGCAGAAGCUUGUCAGCAAACCUGAUAAAUCGGAGGAUGAUGCUGACCGGGAGGCACAGCUCCUGGAGAUGCGGCUGACCCUGACUGAGGAGAGGAAUGCAGGGAUGGUCCCCUCUGCAGGCAGCGGCAUCCCUGGCGCCCCAGCAGAAUGGACCCCGGUGCCUGGGAUGGAAACCCACAUUCCUGUUAUAUUCCUAGACUUAAACGCUGAUGAUUUCAGCUCUCAGGACAACCUUGAUGACCCCGAGGCUGGUGGGUGGGAUGCUACCCUGACUGGGGAAGAGGAAGAAGAGUUCUUUGAGCUGCAAGUUGUGAAGCAUCAUGAUGGGGAAGCGAGGGCAGAGGCGUCCUGGGACUCCGCGGUGCACAGCUGCCCACAGCUCAGUAAAGGCACGCCGGCAGAUGAACGUGUGUUCCUGAUUGUGCGUGUGACGGUGCAGCUCAGCCACCCUGCUGACAUGCAGCUGGUCUUACGAAAAAGGAUCUGCGUCCAUGUUCACAGCCGCCAGGGUUUUGCUCAAAGUCUCCUAAAAAAGAUGUCUCAUAGAAGCUCUAUUCCUGGCUGUGGAGUGACCUUUGAAAUCGUCUCCAAUAUUCCAGAGGAUGCCCAAGGUGUGGAGGAACGUGAAGCACUAGCUAGGAUGGCAGCUAAUGUGGACAACCCGGCUUCUGCUGACUCAGAGGCACACAUUGAGAAGUACCUCAGGAGCGUGCUGGCCGUGGAGAACCUUCUGACACUGGACCGCCUUCGCCAGGAAGUGGCCGUGAAGGAGCAGCUGACAGGCAAGGGGAAGCCGAACAGGAGGAGUGUCAGCUCCCCCAAUGUGAACAGACUGUCCGGAAGCCGGCAAGAUCUCAUCCCUCCACACAGUCUGGGCAGCAACAAGGGUCGAUGGGAAAGUCAACAGGAUGUAUCCCAAACACCCAUUUCUGGAGGAGUAACUCCAGUCCCCCCAGACCUCUCUGUUUGUCCCCAAAAUAACCACUCUCCAGAUCCAGGACUCAGUAGCCUCGCAGCCUCCUACUUGAGUCCAGUAAAGUCCCUGGUGCCGCAGAUGCCGAAGCUGCUAAAGUCUCUCUUUCCUGCCCGUGAUGACAGACGGGGCAAACAGCCACUGCCCCUUGCUCAUCAGCUCGUGCCCCGAAUCCUGGUGCAGGCCCCUCUCCCGGACACCCAGGUGGCCAGGAUAGAGGAGGCUCAGCGAGGGAGCCAGGGGCCUGCUGUGGCCUCAGAGACCGUGGUGCCCAUGGUGGCCCCUGCCUUGAAGGUGUUGGACAAACCAGCCCUGCCACACACCGCUGUCAUCACCCCAGCCCCUGAGGGGCAAGACGGGCCCCCCAGCCCCCUGAGUGAGGCCUCCAGUGGCUACUUCUCACACAGCGUCUCCACCGCCACCCUAUCAGACGCGCUUAUCCUCAGCCUGGAUGCCACGGGCCCAAGUGGGCAGACGCCUGGCCCCUCGGCUGUGCAAGGCCAGGCCCCAGAGGCAGAGCUGGCCUCUCCCUCUGGCACACAGAACCACCCUGCAAACCCAGAAGAGUCCCCAACACAGUCUGCCCCCCACCUGGAGCUUGAGGUCCCUAGGCCCCUGUUGCCACCAGACCCCCUGGCACCCGCGUCCCCAUUCAGGAUCCGAAAGGUGCGCACCUCGGAGCUGAAGUCCUUCACGUGCAUGCUGGGCGGCAGUUGCUCUGGGGCUGAGGAGGACUUGCUGGCCACAGUGGAGCCCAGAGACCCUGGAGAGCAGGCUGCUGGGAAGCGGGAAGUGGCGUCGGACUCUGAGGAAGCCAGUGAAGUCCCCGAGUGGCUCAAGGAGGGGGAGUACGUGUCUGUGGGCACCACCAAAACGGGCAUUGUGCGGUACAUCGGCCCAACUGACUUCCAGGAGGGCACAUGGGUUGGUGUGGAGCUUGACCUGCCUUCCGGAAAGAACGAUGGCUCGAUAGGAGGGAAGCAGUACUUCAAGUGCAACCCUGGCUACGGGCUGCUGGUGCGGCCAGCCCGGGUGCGCAGGGCCCAGGCCGCUGGGCGCAGGCGCAGCACAGGGCUCCGGGUGCAGGGUGCCCCCGAGGCCCGCCGCAGCACCACCCUCUCCAGCUCUGCCACCAACCUGGCCUCGCUGACGGCUGCCCUGGCCAAAGCUGAUGGGAGCCCCAAGAAUGUGGAAAACCGGAAGUCCUGGGCCAGCUGAGUGCAGGCCUGGUGGCCAGGGAUGGGACCUCAUGAGCAGGGCCGUGAAUGCUUUUUGCACGAUGCAGGGCUGGUGACCCCCCUAGUUCCCGGCUCCCCGGGAUUCCGGAAGCUUUGCUUCUUCCCUUCCUCAGGGGUGGAAGAUGAGGCCUUUUGGAAGCCAGUGGGCCUGUGGGAUGGGACCGAGGCCCUGGGCCACAGCCUUGGAGAGCGAUAUCCCUGUUGGGAUUGCGUGGUGUCUGCCUCUUUCUUACUCCGUGACCCCACUAAUGCCUUAAUUUAAACUCUGGCCCUAACUGUCCUUGCCAUGCCCAGCAAGGGUUUUGCCCUCCGUCCCGAGUGCCAGCUACCUUAAGUGCCUCUCCCCAUCCCAUCACACAGAUGCCCAGGAAGGGGUCUUGGUGGGUGUCCUGGCAUCUUUAACCUGGUUACCAUUUAUUCCCUUCACAGAAUGCUUGGAACGUAUUUAUUUGUAUUUAUUUUUCCAAAUCAAAAUUCCUUUUGAGCCUCAAUCACGUCUGCCCAGGCUUCUGCCUUCGUCCUUGGCCACUGGGCUCCUGCCUGGGGGUUGGGGCCUGGAGGGGCCUGGGCCGCAGCGCUCGUAGUCCCUUCAGGACAGACACCCAAGUGGCCUUACUGUGAGGAAAGGCGACCGGUCUGGGUGGCCUGCUCUGAUGACAGAAAGGUUGGCUCACUGCUACAUUGAGUGCAGCUUGGCGUUGGGGACAUCCUGGGCCAUGUUAUGCUUGGCGGUUCCUGGGCUCUGAUGGGCUGGACAGUCGGCCAGAGAUGCCAGCAGAUUGAUGUCACUGGGGACCAGGCCCAGCCCUGAGUUGUUCUGGCCUGGCUGAGCCUGCGGUGUUGGCCUCCAUCACAGGGGAGUGGUGUGUGUGUGUGUGAGGAGGGGGACAGAUUCUGGCCCAGGUACUCCAGGCCGCCCCAGGAUACAGGCAGGACACCCUCAGAGCCUGUUCCUGUUCCUCUACUUUGUUCCUGAACUUUCACAAAAACUCUUGUAGCAGAAUCCCUGGAUCUCGGGGGUCUGAGCUUGUGGCAGAAAGUGGUGCCAGGCCCUUGCCUCUGGUUGGGGUGGCGCAUGUGGUGGCCUCAGCCCCCAUGGCCUGGCCCAGCGUCCAGCUGAUAGCCGCAUUCUACUUGGUGUCACUAACUGUGUGUGUCACUACCCAUGGCAGGACUCUGGGCCCACCUUUCACUUGUACAGGGCCCAGGCAGGAGACACCAGCAUCUUCUGUUUCCUAGGUGCUGCGUGCGGACACCAGGGUCUGGCCUUGGGGUCCUGCGGGUAGGACCCUCACCAUCCUAGGGGAUGGUGUGGCUAUCUGUGGGGAGCCCCCACUGGAGGCAGCCUUGAUGUGGCUUCCUGCCUGUUUUUGGCUGGUACUUAAGGGACAGCUGCCAGGUGGGUCUUGAGUGAGCGCCAUCAGUUUGUGGGGCUCUGCUCACUGUGCCCCUGUCCAGCAUGGGCUGGGUGGUUAGGUGCUACACGCCACCUGUUCCUUGCAUAGUGUGUCCAGACUGGUGGUUGUGGGAGGAAUCAGUGCUCCUGAGAACUCCCUGGGGGAGGCCACCCAGAGAGUAUGUAGAAGGGGCUACCUUGAAGUGUGAGCACAGAUGUCAGCAGAGUAGGUACGCGGUGGUGGGCCUGGCUGUCCCCGGUGGGGUUCCGUGCUGUGUGCUCAGUCAGGGAGACCCCGGGCAGAGCAGGAAC